AUGAAGAAAGAUGAAAAAUUUGGUUCAGCGGGAAGGACCAUUUUAACCAGAUCUACAGCUGCUCUCUCAACAAAACAAGAGACCCCUGGUUUAAGGAGGUCAAAUCGGGGAGCACCAUCUAAGAGUCCAUUAGCUCCAGCUUCUAGAUCUAGUAGUACCAGAAGGUCAGAGAGACUGGCUUCCUCACCUGCUUCAGUUACUGAAAAGUCUGUUAGAAUGGAGAAGAAAACCACCACAUCAAGUCCUUUGCAGAGGUCCGAUAAGGGAAAGAAUGUAUUGUUCUCGGAGGAUUCCAAGGGAUCAGAUAAGUCUGGCAGGAAUGCAGAGACUUCAUCAGGUACUGAGGAAAGCAAGGAUGGGAUGAUAAAUAGUAUAGAAGAGUCGACAGAUAAGGUCAAGGAACGGGAGCCUAUGAUGACAGGCCGGAGUUACAGAGCGAUGUGUUCUCGCCGCAUACUUGCAAGAAAUGCUGAUGCUCUAAAAGGCAUUGCAAAUUCAGAAUCGAAAAGGCUGCCAGUUGGCGAAAUUAGGCUAGAGAAAGGCACUGGUUCUCCUUUGGAAUUGAUUAAGGAAACAGAAAAGCUGCCAGUUGGCGAGAUUAGGCUAGAGAAGGGCACUGGUUCUCCUGCGGAAUUAAUUAAGGAAACAGAAAGGCUGGGGCUUGAUGCAUCUCCCAUGGUUGAAAUUGGGGAUGGCAGCCUUUUAGGUUCACCGUCUAAGAAUUCAGAAACACAAGAGGUUCUUGUCUGUAAAAACAGCUUGGAAACCGACGUAGAUUUUCCUUUGAAAAGAAAAAGGGACACUGAAGGAAUUGUGCUGGAUGCACCUCCCAUAGCUGCAAAUGCAGAUGACCGCGUUAUGAGUUCUGAUGUUCCAUCUCCAUCCGGGUGCAAAGAUAAUAAUCAGCCUGAAAUGUGCAGCAAUUGCAAUAAACGGCAAAAGGUCGAUGGUGAUUUUGAAAAUCUGACUGUCUGCACAUGCAAUGCGCAGCCAGUUCAAGAACCGGAGCAAGUGGCGCAGGAUGUGGAGAAAACUGGACCCGCGACAAGCAGAGACGAUCCCGAAAACAGGCAAAAUUUGCAACAAGAUAAAUCACAUGAUCCCAAAUUGUCAUCGAUGUACCAAGAGUUUUGGGUUCCGGUGCAGCUAUCAGAGGUUCAGCUGGAGCAAUACUGUCGGACUCUCUUCUCCAAAUCUUUAUCUCUUUCUUCGCCGUCGAGGAGUGAUCUUGUUGGAGCUCUCGAAGAAACUCUCACUUCUGUAAGGAAAACCUGUGACCAUCCAUAUGUUGCGGAUGCAUCUUUGAAACCACUGCUAAACAAAAAUCUGGAGUGGCAAAAAAUCCUGGAUGUAGAAGUCAAAGCAAGCGGGAAACUUCACCUCCUUGAUGCAAUGCUCACUCAAAUAAAGAAGAACGGUUUAAAAGCAGUUGUCUUCUACCAGGCAACACAAAGCCCUGGGGGGUUAAUGCCUGGUAAUAUCCUCGAAGAUUUUCUGUUUCAAAGAUUUGGUCAAAAUUCUUAUGAGCAUGGGGUCGUUACCGCAAAGAAGAACGCGAUAAACAAUUUCAACAAGGAGAGUCAAUGCUUUGUUCUGCUGUUGGAAACACGUGCAUGUAGUCACAGCAUUAAACUCUUGCGGGCUGAAGCUUUUAUUCUUUUUGGAAGCAACUUGAAUCCAUCGCAGGAUGUUAAGCUCUUAGAGAAGAUAAAGAUCGAGUCAUUUUCUGAAAGAACUAAAAUAUUCCGGUUGUACUCAACAUGUACAGUUGAAGAAAAAUCCCUGAAUCUGGCUAGGCAGAAUAAGCCUAUCGAGAACCUAAACCGUUCUCUCAUACAGGCACUGCUCAUGUGGGGAGCUUCAUAUUUAUUUGAUAAGCUGGAGCAUUUUCAUGGCCGUGAAACCCCAGGUUCAGGAGUUCCAUUUGAACAAUCUAUAAUGGACAGCGUGAUUCAUGAAUUCUCGUCCAUACUUUCUUCCAAAGUUGGAGAAGAAAAUAAAGGCAAGCUGUGUCUACUUUUGGAAGCCAAACAUGCUCAGGGAAGUUACAGCACUAAUUCUACUCUACUUGGUGAAGAACAUGUCAAGUUGUCAGAUGAAGAAAGUCCAAAUAUAUUUUGGACAAAGCUGUUGCGGGGGAGGAAUCCUAUGUGGAAGUACGGUUCAGAUACUCCUCAAAGGAGUCGAAAAAGAAUACAGUAUCUUCAGGGCUAUGAAGAGAUUGCCACAAUUGACAAUGGCGGAAAUAAGAAGCGGAAGAAGGCUUCCGACGAUGUCACACUAGAUUUCAAUGAAAGAAAAACUUCUGGGAAGGAUCACAUGGGAGCCUUGAACGGAAAUGAUGCUGUUAGCUUGAAUUCUGUGGGCAGUCAGAUCUUCCAAAUCCCAAAGGAUAUGUUAGCUGGCACUGAUAGGAAACAACUUAUGCGGGAAUCACAGAAGACUCUCCAUGCUGUUUUAAAGCCGGACAUGGCAAAACUUUGCCAAGUUUUGCAUCUUUCAGAAGGUUCGACAAGCAUGGUUGAAAAAUUUCUUGGAUAUGUUAUUGAAAACCACCGUGUCUGCAAAGAGCCAGCCACCACAUUGCAGGCCUUCCAGAUAGCCCUGACUUGGAUCGCAACCUCGUUUGCAGAGCAAAAACUUAGCCACGGAGAAUCUCUGGCCUGUGCAAAAUCUGAAUUAGCUUUCAAUUGCUGUAGAGAAGAGGUCGAUUAUAUAUAUUCCAUGCUGCACUGCAUGAAGAGUCUAUUCCUUGAGCGCACACAAGGUGCUACAGUGCGUCUGGAAAAGAACAAUAUAAAGUUGAUGCGUAACUCAGAGGGUGAAGAAUGCAUGACUGAGAAUGGCCGUAAUAGCUCAGUUACAGAAGAUAUCGAAAAGGCGCUUAGCUACAUCAAAAAGAAAUCCAAGAAUCGACUACAAAAUCUUAAAGAAAAGCACGAGGAGAAAAAGUUGGAGCUGGUGAAUACGUAUGCAGACGAGAAGCAGAAACUUGAAAAUGAGAAAACGGUGGAAGGAUUAAUAAUUCGAAUUCAGUGUAAAUGGACAAGUGCUCAGAGCUUAGAGGAUGGUCUCAAACGGCUGGAUCAUGAUCAUGAAAAAAAGAUUGAUGAAAUCACAAGAGUGAGGGAUGAAGGCCUUACAAGUCUGAAGCAAACGCAUGAGGCUGAAAAGAAAAAAUUGGCUGAGGAUGAAGCAUGUUGGAUUUGUCGGGUAGAGAAGUGGGCACAAGCUGAAUUAAUAAAUUGUGCUCCCAUCAAAAGUGCCAGCAACAAGCAUUUUAGUGGAAUAUGCUCAUCAAACACUUCCAAAACUGCUCCUGAUGUACAAACUUGCAAUGAUGCCAGUCGUGAAGCUGCGUAUGCUGAUACAAAUUGCAUGGUUUCGAAGGGAGAUCAAGUGCCAGAAGCAGAAAACACAUUAGGAACCAUGUCGGGUGGCAGCACUCAGCAGGUUCGUGAAAUGGAGGCUUCAAGGAAUGACAAGGCGAUGGAUAUCCCAACCUUAUCUGGUGAAAAGCUUACAGAUAAUGCGGCUAGAAAGAUUUUGAUUCCUGCUGGCUGUCAAGAGGAAUCUGCAGCCUUGAAUGUGCCCUUGUCAAAACACCAAAUUUAUGACAAGAUGACAUCAGUGGCACCAGAUGAAGAUGUUCCCUCAAGGGUGCCAGAGAUAUCCAAGUCAUUUGCAAAUCUUGCCUCCCCCGAAUUUUCUUUGAAUAGAGAGGAGGCUAUGGUUACAACAGAAAAUAAUACAACAAUUCAUGUGGGUUCUGAUUCUGAUAACAUUUUGGACCAGCAGAAUGAGGAAGCUUGUUCUCUUGAGAAGGAGAUUCCUAAUGAGUUGGUGUUUCCUAUGCACCCUGCGUCUGUGGUAGAGACUAGGGGUUCUACUGAAUCCGAUGAGGAUGAUUUGCCUUCUUCACCGGCUGGAAAGCAACCUGACCCAGCAGCAAACAUUCGGGGCCAAAAUAAAGAAGCAGGAAUUGAGCCUCAGCAAGCUGGAUCUCGUAUUCCUUCUUCACCAACUAGACAGCAACCUGACCAAGCAGCAAACAAUCAGGGGCGAAAUAAAGAAGCAGCAAUUGAGUCUCUGUCAGCGGGAUCUCUCAUACCUUCUUCACCGGCUGGACAGCUACUUGACCCAGUAGCAAACAAUCAGGGCCAAACUAAUGAAGCAGCAAUUGAGCCUCAGCCAGCUGAAUCUCCUAUUCCUUGUUCACCGGCUGGACAGCAACCUGACCAAGCAGCAAAUAAUCAGGGCCAAACUAUUGAAGCAUCAACUGAGCCUCAGCCAGCUGGAUCUCCUAUUCCUUCACCGGCUGGACAGCAACCUGAACAACAAGAAAACAUUCAGGGCCAAAAUAUGGAAGCAGUAAUUGAGUCUCAGUCAGCUGGAUCUCUUAUGCCUUCUUCACCGGCUGGUCAGCUACUUGACCCUGUAGCAAACAAGCAGGGCCAAACUAUUGAAGUAGCAGUUGAGUCUCAGUCUUCACCGUCUGGACAGCUACUUGACCCUGUAGCAAACAAUCAGGGCCAAACGAUUGAAGCAGCAAUUGAGCCUCAGCCAUCUGGAUCAGAAACAAUAGAGACUGGUGGUUUUGCUGCAUUACAGCAGGCUGAUGAAGUUGCAUGUCUUUUGCCAUCUUCACCGACUGGAAAUCAGCAUGGCCCAGCAGCAACCAUUGAGGGACAAAAUAUCAACACAUCAGCUGAGCUCCACAUAGCUGGUCUAGGUGCAGUAGAGAUUGGUGAUUCCGCAGUAUCAAAUCAGGAAAGAACGGGUGCUCAGGAUGCAUGCUCUCUGCUAUCUUCGUUGGUUGGAACUCAGGCUGACCUAGCAGCAAACACUGAGGGCCAAAAUAUUACAAGAGUGACUCAGCUUCACACAGCUGGAUCAGAUGCAGUAGAAAUUGGUGGUUCUGCUGUUUCAGAUCAGGCUGCUGUGGAUGCAUCUCAUGUGCCAUUUUCUUCGCCUGGAAAUCCAACAACUGAAUCAGAUGCAUGUGAAAUGGAAAUAGCAGAACCUGGCCGCCAAGUAGAGCAGUCAACCUUUGCAAACAACGUUGCGCAGCUUGUCCGUAUAGGUGGUGUGGAGCCUUCAGCAAGUGUUACAGCUCCUGUUCCAUCACUCCUUAACAAUGGUGCAGGACAGAGUGCCGUUCAACCUGUUCCUCAAGUACCUUUCCCUCAGUUCACUGACCCAUUUCAGUAUGAAUUGGAGAAGUUGCGGAGAGAAUCAGAGAACGUAAAUAAGACCUUUGAAGAAAAAACAUCAAUCUUGAGAGCUGAGCUAGAGAGGAAGUUGGCUGAAGUACGAGCAGAGUAUCAAAGAAAGUUUCAUGAGGUAGAAGUUGAGAAGAACGCCAGAGAGACGGAGGUAGAGAGGACCAAGAAUAUCGUUAUAAUGAACAAACUGUUGGGAAACGCCUUCUUGUCCAAAUGUACCACCAAGAUCGCAUCUCAUCCCUCAGAAGCUCCAAGGGCAGGUAGAAUUCAGCAGCUAGCACUGAGAGCAGGACUAGUGACCGCACUGAGGAAUUAUACUGCAUCUCCUCCGGCUCCGACCCUGGCUCCUCCGGCUCAUGUUCCUGCUGUUUCUCUGCCUCCAGCUCCUCUGCAGCGUCAGGCAUCUGCUUUUCCUUCUUCAGUACCUCGCACAUCAGGCCUUCCUCUUAAUUCAGCGGUCUGCCCAAUGCCUCAGCCAAGACAGCCUCUCGUCUCCAGCCCAGCUCCAUCUUUUUCAGCUUCUCCUGCAACUAAUCUAACUGAGAGUGCAAGACCACCGCAUCUCAACUCAUAUAGAUCAUCCUCUUCGAUUCCAAUCCCGACAUCAACUCCAACCUCGUUGCCAAUUGCUCAAGCUUUGUCGUCGUAUGCAACUCUCUUACUUCAGAGUCAUCAACAACAACGACAACAGCACCAACAGAACUUGGGCAUCGGAUUGCAGCAACUGCAACAGAACUUGGGCCUCGGAUUGCAACAACAGCAACAGCAACAGCACCAACACCAACAGAGCUUAGGGAGUGGAUUGCAACAGAACUUGGGCGUCGGAUUGCAACAACAGCAACAACAACAACACCAACAGAGCGUAGGGAGUGGAUUGCAACAGAACUUGGGCAUCGGAUUGCAACAACAGCAGCAGCAACAACAACAACAACACCAACAGAGCUUAGGGAGUGGAUUGCAACAACUGCAACAGAACUUGGGCAGCGGAUUGCAAGGCCCCAAUCGCAAUGAUGAUGUGGUUUGUCUCUCAGACGACGAGUGA